GUGGAGUGUCAUUUGAUUUGAGGCGAAUGACCCUAGCAAUACAGCCCAUUGGUAAGUAGUUCCUGAGGUCAGUUUCAUCACCUGACCACUGAUUUCCAGACGCCAUGUACCAGGAAUCAGCUCGCUAUGUGAUCGACAGACCUGUGUACUCCCUGCCUUGCUUUGAUGCGGAAUACGACAAAAAGAGCCGCACUUUCCCAUUACGGGAGAAAAUUGGAAAAUUUUUCAGGUGUUCAGGACCUCGCAUCAAGGCUUUGCUGUUCAGACACCUGCCAGUGCUCAGCUGGCUGCCCAAAUAUAAGUUCAAGCAGAACCUCCUGUGUGAUGUCAUCAGUGGCAUCAGCGCAGGCACCAUCCAGGUUCCCCAAGGAAUGGCUUUCGCCUUGUUAGCCAACCUGCCUCCAGUCAAUGGACUCUACUCAUCCUUUUUCCCUCUAAUCCCUUACUUUUUUAUGGGCACUGUCCACCAAAUGGUACCGGGUACUUUUGCCGUCCUCAGCAUCAUGGUGGGCAUGGUAUGCCUGAGCCUAGCUCCCGACUCUGACUUCAGCCACUUCAACACGACCCUCAACAAGACUGUGGUGGACGAAGAGAUGAUGAACCAGGUUCGCCUUGGCAUCUCAGGGACCCUAGCCUGCCUCACUGCCAUCAUACAGAUGGGCCUCGGUCUGAUGCAGUUUGGAUUUGUGGCCAUCUACCUGUCUGAAUCCUUUGUCCGUGGCUUUAUGACCGCUGCUGGGCUGCAGAUCCUAAUCUCUGUGCUUAAGUACAUAUUUGGGAUACGAGUACCGCCCUACAGCGGACCGCUGGCCGUCAUCUAUACCCUGGUGGACAUUGUCUAUGGCCUUCCCCAUACCAACGUGGCCUCCCUGGUCUUUGCCCUUAUAAGCAGUGUGGUGCUCUUCACCGUGAAGGAGCUGAGUGCUCGCUACCGCCACCGGCUGCCCUUCCCCAUCCCCAUGGAGAUCAUCAUAGUGGUGGUUGCUACAGCUAUCUCUGGGCCUCUUGACAUGCCAAGGAAAUACCACAUGGACAUCGUUGGAGAGAUUCCUCUCGGGUUCCCCACACCCAUCCUCCCCAAAGUGAGUGAGUGGGAGGUCAUGCUGAGCACAGCCUUCUCUCUGGCCAUCGUAGGAUAUGUCAUCAACCUGGCCAUGGGCCGGACACUGGCGGCUAAGCAUGGCUAUGAUGUCGACCCCAAUCAGGAGAUGCUGGCCCUGGGCUGCAGUAAUUUCCUGGGCUCCUUCUUUAAGAUCCACGUCAUCUGCUGCGCCCUGUCUGUCACCCUGGCCGUGGACAGCGCCGGUGGGACCUCGCAGUUUGCCAGCCUGUGUGUGAUGUUGGUGGUGAUGAUCACCAUGUUAGCUCUGGGAGCCUUCCUGCAGCCACUACCUAAGUCCGUCCUUGGUGCUCUAAUAGCCGUCAACCUGAAGAACACGCUCCUCCAGCUCUCAGACCCCUUCUACAUGUGGAAGAAGAACAGACUGGACUGUUGUGUAUGGGUGGUGUCCUUCUUGGCCACGUUCUUCGUCAGUCUGCCUUACGGAGUUGUGAUCGGGGUGGGAUUCUCUGUCCUCGUGGUCAUUUUCCAGACGCAGUUCCGAAAUGGCUCAGAGGUGGGGCAGAUCGCUGACAGUGACCUAUACAGGAACCCUAAGGUCUACAGUAAGGUGAAAUUUGUGGAGGGAAUUAAAAUCGUCAACUACUGCUCCCCCAUUUACUUUGCCAAUGCAGAAAUAUUCCGCAGAAAAGUGAUUAAAAAGACUGGGCUGGACCCAGGAAAACUGCUCUUAGCAAGGAAGAAAUUUCUGAAGAAGCAACUGAAGGAGAGUGAGAGCCAGGACACGGGGGCGAGGAAGAGGAAGGGAGGCUCCCUGGUCACCAUGAAGACCCAGACCAUAUCACAGAUGGUUCUACAGGGCGACUUUGACUCCAGCUCUACCAGCAGCUCCAAGACUGAAAUGCCCACAGCAUAUGUCAACUUCAGCUGCAACAUCAUGGACGAAAGUGACCCAGACCCGACCCCGGACCCCCCCGGCGGUCUGCCCGUUACCAUGGAGCCCUGGCCCUUACCUUUCCACACCCUGGUUCUGGACCUGGCAGGUGUCUGCUUUGUAGACCUCAUGGGCAUCAAGGUGCUGACUAAGAUGAGCUCCAGCUACGAGAUGCUGGGGAUCAGUCUGUAUCUGGCCAACAUCCAAGCUCAGGUGUAUGAUGAACUUGAAGCCGGUGGAGUUUUCGAAGAAGGCAGCAUGGACCGCGGCCACCUCUUUGCCUCCGUCCACGACGCAAUCCUCUACGCCCAGCAGAGGGCCAGGGUCACCAGGAACAGGAGCAAGCAGGUAGAGAGAGAGAAGCAAGAGCUGACCUUUGACCUCCAGGAAGAGGACCGUGAUCUGGAACAGGAAAUGUUCUGAGCAAUGAUCUAUCAUCCUGACAUCCGUAUUGUGAUGCACCAGUCCUCCCUUCACCAGCAAUAGGCAAGAAGGCGGAGCAGAGAAUUAUGGGAGGAACUAAUACCAAUAGCAAGACAAUUAUUACAAUGAAUAUUAAUGUGUGAUAAGCACAGAAUAUGCAAUUUUAGGAAGUUAAUGCCUUAUACAGUAUGUGAAUUAUUACAACAAACAUUCUUUAUUUGGCAAUGCUUUACAGUAACUGUACUUUCAUGAUGCCUUUAUAAUGCCUUCAUAGAACAUUCAGUGCACCUUCAUAAUGCAUUCAUAGAACAUUCAUAAGCAGCUUGUAAGUAUACCUUAAUAUCCUAACAUAGUUUAACAGCUGUAGUAUAGAACUAUACAUUAAUAACAAACAUCCAUCCAUCCAUUUUCCAACCCGCUUAUCCUUCUGGGACACAGGGGGUCCAGAGCCUAUCCUGGAAGCCACGGGCACGAGGCGGGGAACAACCCAGGACGGGGGGCAGCCCAUUGCAGAAAUAACAAACAUUAUAAUCAUAAUCAUAUUUGUUGUUAAUGUAUUUUAAAGCUGUUAAGGCAUGUUAGGAUGUUAAGGUAUACUUACGUGUUGUUAAGAAUACAUUAUGAGGGUGCGCUGAAUGUUCUAUGAUGAAUGCAUUAUGAAGGUGCAGUUAAUGUAAAAUGUUUCUGUUUAUUUUGCAUGUUUGUCUUUAGUUGAAUUCUUGGUCUUCCAUAAAAAAAAAUGAACUACUAUUUUUAAUAAAAUUGUCAGUUUGUCACCCAUGCUGCCUGUAUACAAACCAUAAGUUAACUAAUGUUUUGUGUUCAUGGAGCACAGUGUUAAACAACAGAAUAAAAGACAAUAAAAAAGUGAAUAUGUGG